GUUGUUUUGAAUGAGCGUUUCCGUGGGCCUGUAGAAGCUAACAAAGCGAUGCUCCUCGGAGUGAUUGUACAUGAGUUGUUCCAGGCUGCUAUUCGUUGUUCGAACCCAGCAAUGGUGACUAGCGAUUGGCUCUUGAAACAGUGGAGAGACUGCUUAUAUGAUGAAGUCCUGGGAGAACUUGCCGCCCUACGUCUCACGCCUUCUCAAGUCGAGACCGAGUUGACGCCGUAUGUCGAUGUGGUGGUAGACUGGAUCCAAAGUAACAUCCCUGGCGGUUCCUCUUACCCUUCGAAUAAUGCUGCGUACCAAAUUACAAAGGUUCACGACAUCGAAGAGAACAUCUGGGACCCUCAGCUGGGCAUCAAGGAUGGAGUGACACGCGAAGUGCGUCCGCGCGCUCUUGAGUUGAAAGGCAUCAUAAAUCAGCGCAAUAACCUUGCAUUUUACAUGUCCAGAUUGAAACCUGACUUACUCCCAGAGCCAAGGGCUGAUCCGCGAUUUUGUGGCAAAUGUGAGCAGGCCUCAGUCUGCUCUUUCUAUCAGGUUGCAAUGGAACCUGCGGGCAGAUCCUCCAAGUUGAUGUACGACUUUGCUAAGGCAAAUAUGCAGCAUCUGUCGACUAUCCAUCUCGAGUAUUUCAAAAAGUGGAUAAGGUGGAUCUACUAUGAAUGGGCAGAAGACAAAGCCAGAAAGGGUAACAAGUUACAAGAUCUGUGGCGAAAGUCACCAGAGGAGAGGUAA